CAGGCAGAAAAAAGGGAGGGGAAGGAAAAAGGAAGCUCACCCGAUAGGUCUCGUUGUGUACAAAGUUCCACAAAACUUUUUUUUUUUUUUUUUUACCCCCCCGACUCGAGUUCCGGAGGGGACAGCAAUGCCGUGGGGGCAGACCUGAAGGUGAGAGGACUGCCAUCAUGUCCUCCAACCUGGACUCCAGCCUCACUAGCAUCGACUGGCUGCCGCAACUGGGACUCAGCAGCCUGCGUUCGGGUCGCGAGCGAGGAGGAGAAAAGGAGAAGAGGAGGGACAGAGGAGGAGAGAGGGGGAACGACUUGUUGGCUUCCGCGCAGGACCCCUCCCUGGCCAACGCCAAAGGCAAACCCCCCCACAGCUACGCCACCCUCAUCGCCAUGGCCAUCACCGCCGCGCCGGAGAGGAAGCUGAGCCUGAAUGACAUCUACACUUGGAUCAGUGACACGUUCCCUUACUACAGUCGCACGGGCCGCGGAUGGAAGAACUCCAUUCGGCACAAUCUGUCCCUUAAUAAAUGCUUCAGGAAAGUUCCUCGUCCUCACAACGACCCUGGAAAGGGCUCCUACUGGACAAUGGACGGCCCUGCGAUGUCCAGUCAAGCCAGGGCCGCGAAACGCCCCUACCCGGACGAGGAGCAGCAAAGGCCGGAUGCCCCCCAAGAACCAGCAAGGAGCCCCUCUCCUCGUGCAGAUUCCCGUAAAGACGGCGAUGAAAAGUCCCUGCAGCAGCCCCAGCGGCCCGCCUCCCUCUCUCCUCCCCCAUGCAAGCAACCAUACACGCCAGCUCCCAUCACCCCCAUCGAUAGCCCCCCCGGACCCGGGCCCACACCCCCUAACCCCGCUAUCCCCCCUCUGUCCGCUGCCGGUGGUGCCUGUCCGACAUUCCGUGCCCACUCGGGAGCGGAAUUUGUUCCCGCUUCCUCUUCUUUCUCUCAACCGAGCCCCUCGGCUCUCAAUUUUCCUUCCCCUUUUGCUUUACCUGUGAGCACCCCCAACUCAGGCGGGUCGGGACAGCCCACGGCGGAACCGCCGCUGCGAUUCACCUUCGACGAGAUGAAUUUACCCGACUUAUAUGCGUCGUUCAAGUCUCUGUUUAAGAGUAUGAGGGAGAGAGGAGGCUCACAAGCUGAUCCUGUGGCCAUGCCAAGCAACGACAUCACCCCGCUUCACACUCCGACUCUCCUGCCCAUGUCCCCUCACCUUGCACCGGCGCCACCUGCGACCGCGGCCCCACUCGCCCCACCCGCCCCACCGGGCGACACGGUGCGCCUUUCGCAGCACACGGUUCCGGCCGACUGGUUCACAAGCACCGACUCUCUGAAGGAGAGCUUCCGCAUCGCCAGCAACCUUGACUGGGCCAACAUCGACCUCUCCGGUCACCCAGACUUACUGGAGAGCAUGCGGCAAGCGGAGCUGUGCGACUGGGCCCUGGAUCCGGCGCUUUUCACUUCCCUGUGCGACUCCCUCAACCGCUUCUUUGCCCAGAAAGGCAUGCUGACCUCGGGGAGUCCCUCCCCGCUGUCCGUGGGUGGGAAUCAGCCCCCGCAGCCGCCGCAUCUCGCCGUCCAUCCCUCGUCCUUCCACUACAACCCCGUCAACGGUUCGCCGCUGCCUCGCAGGCCUCUGCACACGCAGGGCCUCAACCUUCAUCGACCUGCGCACGCCCCGCCUGCAAACAUAGCCGGUGGUCCGCAGCCUCCUGCUGUAGCGCCGAGGCCACGCCCACCUUUUAAGAGUCUCCAUAGCAACAGUGAGGAGAUCCAGGACGACUUUGACUGGGAUUCGCUACUCGUCUGAAUAAGGAGAAAUCAGCAAACACCAUCAACCGUUUUCUCGCGCAGCUUGUCCGAAAGUGCGAUUUUCAAAGCCUUUGGACGCCCGAUCCUUAACUUCUCCGUACCGCAUGCCUUCUGCAGAUAAUCAUCGGGGGUGUGGUUUUUACCAUGGGAUAAAAAAAAAAAAAAAAUGGAUCAAGGAAAAUAAAAUAUACAUUUAUUCUUGUCACAUUAUUGUACUCUGCAGCAGUACAAAUUGCAAAUAGGAGAAAGACAUUGAAGUACAGCACAAGCAUGAAACCAAGCAUAACGCCCCCCCCCCUCCCCCCCAUCCUGUUUUGCUUUUUGUUCAAUUUCAUACAUUUCGUUUUCAUUUUGUCAAAUGUAAAUGUUCACAAGCAACACAAUUACCCAGUAUAAGAUUUUUUUUUUCCUUGUUGAUAUAAAAUGUGUAAAUUAAAAGAAUCGCAUGGA